AUGAAGCUAAAAGGAGAAAUAGGGGCACUAGGGGAUGAUGGAAGUGGGGAUGGUGGGGAGGUAGGGGGAGGAGGAGCUAAGAAAAGACAUAGAGUAUGUGAAUUGCCUCCGGGGGUAUUCAAUUCGGUGGAGAAGGACUUUUUAGGGCGCAUACCGGAGUUUCCCAAGCUAAAAGAGGCUCUGAAGCAGCCAGGAGCAAUGAAUUACUUGAAGCUUAUUCACCGGUAUCUGGAGCCAUGGCGACCCAUCGCUAACAUCAGUGCUGGUCUGGGGCACAGAGGCUUUGUGACGCCUGAGGCUCUCGAGUUCAUCAGCAUUUCACCAAACCUCAUGUCCUGCUCCGGGCAUAUCAAAGUCAUUGACGGCAAAGUGUACUUUCGUUACGGUGGCUUUUGGAACCGUUACUACCGCCUUGGGAGGUUUCUCCAAACAGUCAAGAUGCUGCAGGACGCUGUGACGCAGUACCGUCUCUCCUCCCUCCGCCUCGAGUUCUUCCUCAACACAUGCGACCACCCCAUGUCGUUCCACAGCUCGCACUGGCCCAACAGGGGCGGGCUGCCCUUCAUGAGCACGGGAUUCACAGCAGAUACCAUCGACAUCCCUGUUCCCGACCCGCUUGACUUGACUGGCCCAUACACGCCGGACCUCUCCACUCAGAUCCCGUGGGAGAAGAAGGAAUCACGGGCGGUCUUUAGAGGCAAAACAACCAACUACGAGCUUCUACCAGCCGGCAACUGGGGGGCCAACCCGCGCAUCCGCCUGCAUUUAAUGUCCCCCGCUGCGCCCCACCUGAUGGAUGCAAGAAUCAACGCGUGGUCCAAGGUGGAGCAACCUGUUGUUAAAAGAAUAGUAAAGGACGGCGUGCAGCUCGCCAGGAAGAUGAACUUUCAGCAGUUCAAUGCGUUCAAGUACCAGAUAGUGGCAGAUGGGGGGGGAGGCAGUUGCCGCACGUGUGGGGUGCUGCGAUCCAAUCAGCUCAUUAUAAGGCAACACACGCCCAUGCUGCAGUUUUACGAGCCUCUGCUGCAGGAUCGGGUGCACUGGCUCGCCACCUCCCGAACUUUUUCAGACCUGCACGAGGCAAUCAUAUGGGCGCAGCAGCAUGACAAGGCAGUUCUAAAGAUGGUGGAGGCAGCGAAUCGGUUUGCAGACCACGCCUGCACGUGGCACGGGCGCAUGCUGUACUGGGCUCUGCUGCUCGUGAAGUACCAAGAUGUCAUGGCUGAACCUGAGAAGGUGUCACGGCCUGCCCAGCUGUGCUCUAAACCCAUCGUGGCAGCAACAGGGGUGGAGAAGGAUCCAGCAUCAGUCACAUGCAGCGACCCUGACAGGGAGAAGAAGCAGCCAGAGUGUGCUUUUUUCUGUGCUGGGGGAAUCAUGUCCCCUGAUACCUUCGAGUGGUUACCAGCUGAGUCGCUAGACAAACUGGAAAGAGUCGGACCCAAAUAA